CUGUUGUUAAAGGCAACAGAUUUAAAUUUGGUUAAUGGGGAAUGUAACGUAAAUGCUGAACUGGAAGAUUUGCCGUUUGUUGUGUACCGUUCGUCGCCAUACAUACGCAAAAAAUGUCUGGCUGCAUUGAAAAAACGUAAAAAUUUGAAGAAAAAUUUAUAUAAGACCAAUGAACAGUUGACGUUAUUGUAUCGCCAGAAAUGUGAGGAAUAUGGUUUCUCGAUGAAACGAAGGGAUACUGGAUCAGUAGUACCCAGAAAGUUAAGGUUUCUAAACAACACAGACGAUAUCGAUAAGGAGGCCAGGCGUGGCAUUCAAGUUCAAGAUGAUGAAAUUCAUCAAGAAAUACUGCAAGAUUUGCAUAAGAACCAAUAUAUCUCAAGGUAUUUUUUUGUAAAACUGUCUAAUGUCCGUGCAUUCUAGUUACAUAUAUGCUUUUAAGCUUAUUCAUUAUUAUUUAUAGUGUUAUUAUACGGUCUUAUAUGUUGAUGUUAGAUUGCAUUCAUAAUUGCACUGAUGCACUCUUCUUAGGUGCCUCAAGGGCUUAUUUAAUAGUCAUUGAGUUGAUAUUUUGGGGGUAAAUAUACUAUUUUUAGACCUACCAAGUCCUGCAUUUUGGAGUCAUUAAUCAUUUCCCUCCCACAUGACGACAAUUUGAAUGAAUCUCCCACAUUCUUUGUGUUUUACCUGCAACAUAGUACUAGUAGUGCUACAGAAAAAACUAACAGAUUAUCUUGACACAUGUAGAUUGAUGUGUGUUGCACACCUGACCAAGAGUGCUCUGAAUACAGUCUUAGUUUCAGGGCUCUCUUAAACAAAGCGCUUACGUCAAUCUUUUGGUCCCCACUAAAGAUUUCGUUGAGCUCAUGUUUAUUCCAUGGCAUGAACGGUAAUUCGUUUUUUUAUCUCUGUAUUUACCACCCAAAAUAAUGGUAAAAAAUAGUGAAUAAUGAAUAAUGAAAAAAAACUGCAUGCUUUUUCAAAAUUACCUGGACGUAAAUCUAUGACUUUCAUUCCCAUGGCCUAAUGGUAGGUACAUCAAAGAUAUAAACUGACUUGAUCCUGAAAAAUAAUUGCCAUUAAGGUGCAAGACUCCUUCCUUGAUGAGUAAAAUCAUCAGGUGUUAGACAGAGUGAAAGAAUGAAGUACUGUAAGAUUCAUUGAAACUUAAUUGGUUAAUUAUAACAAGAGACAUUGACAUAUGAUAUUGUUAACCAUAAAGGCAAAGGAGUAUUUCCUUUUAUACAAGUAAAAGAUAUUGUCAUUAGACGGAUAAAACGAUGAAGUACAAUAGGGUGCAUUACUUUAGGUUGUUAAAGAAUCUUACUAAAUUACUACUUUGGUGUUAAACAUACUGUACCUCAUAUAGAACUGACAGUGCUAGCGUAUUCGCAUUUACAAUUACUCAAAACUGUUUGAAUGUGUUAUAAGCUCGAACGAUUUUCCAAAUUUUUCAAGCUAAAAGCUAUGUGUUACAUUGUCUGUAACGUACCACACAGUAUAUACCUAUAUUUUGCCUCAGUAAUUUAACCCAUUGAGGCGUGUUUGGUACACCUUAGUUUGUUAUUUUACUCUGUCUGAUGUCAGAUGAUUCUACUUGUCAAGGUAACACUAUUAACAAAACUAUCUUCAAAUCUCUUUUGUUAACCCAUCAAGGUACAACCUGCACUGUUAUAUUGUGCUUUGUCACAGUGUGUUUAACUCUCCACAUGAAAUUGAAAAUGAGGUCAAGAUGACUUGAGAUGUUGUUCUAUAAUAAAUUUGUUAUGAUAUCAGUUACUUUUUUUGUCUCUUGUUUCAAAACUUCCAAUAUCAAUUUAUAGUAUUGUUCUUAAUAUUUUGAUUGGAAAUGUACUGGUGUGUUAAUUGAUUCAUGAUUUAUUUUUUAUUAUUCUUUUUAGCCCAAUUGAGUCAAAAAGGAAAAACCAACUACUGGCACAUACAUUUGUAUCAACACCAGUAAGUAAGGGACCUGUCUUAAAUCCUGAUUUUACAUUGUCACCAAUUAAUGAAAAAGUCAAUGUACCAAAAUCAAAGCUUAUGCCAAGUGAAUGUCCUGUAACUGUUUCAAUCAAGUGGGCUGAAAGAACUAAGACAAAGAUCUUACCGCCCGUAUUGAGCGCAAUUGGGAAAAUGUUAUGUCGUGGUACGAAGAAACAAAUAGCCAGAGCUACUUGA